AUGUUAAGAAGAAUUGUUGCAGAUGAUAAGUACAUGAUCACAGCAGAUGGCAAAGAUUUGGAUUUAACUUAUAUAUUACCUAAUCUUAUUGCAAUGGGAAUACCCACAACAGGGAUCUUUCAACAAUGGAGAAAUUCAAAAGAAGAAAUAGCAAAAUAUUUGAACAAUAAUUAUUUUAAUAACUAUAUGAUAUGGAACUUAACUGAAAAGUCAUACACAUCAUUAGAAUUUAAUAAUAGGGUACAACAUGUUGGAUUUCUUGAUCACCAUCCACCUCGUUUUAAUCAUUUACUAAAAAUUGUUGGAGAUAUUGUUGAUUAUGUUCUGGAGUGUCCAAAACAUAUUGCAUGUGUUCAUUGUAAAGCAGGAAGAGGUAGAACUGGUUUGGUAUGUUCUUGUGUCUUACUUUCACUUGGAAAGUGUGGUGAUGCUAAAAAGGCAUUAGAAUUAUUUGCUCGAAAACGCUCUAAAAUUAUGAAAGGAGCAACGUCACCACCACAGAUUAGAUAUUGUUAUUACUUCUACUAUUAUCUAUCAGUUUUUCCUAGAGAAGUUCCGUUUAAACCAAUUCCUAGCUAUUCAAUUAAUCUUAGUUCAGUUUUAUUUACUGGGUUCAAACCUACAAUUACAGUAAAAGAUUCUACUGAUUGUGCACAUCCUGUGUUAUACUUCAAUCCAUUAUCUCAUGCAGAACCUCAUCCUCAUUUAUUCAAAUGUUCGCAAUCAUGGCAACAAAUGAGUGAUGGGUGUUUUAUUAUUUCAUUCAUUAAACAGCCAAUCGUAAAUGACACAGUUAUUUCUCUAACUGUAGAAUCAAAAGAAAAGAGCAUAAUCAUUGGUAAAGUCAUUCUCAACGCUUUCUUUAUAGAUGUUCAUUCCCAAUAUACAUUGAAACUUGAUCAAGUUCAAGACCCAACUGAAGGGGUCAACCGAAAUUCUCUUGGACUUCCACCUCAUUUUUCUAUGACGUUUCGUUUCAAAGAGUCAAAAAGAGAAGAAGAUUCAAUAGAAGAGUUACAUGAAAAAAUUGUUACAAUAACCAAGCAAUUUCCUCUUGAUGAAAUGCAUAGAGUAUUACCACCUCCUAUACCAUUUAAACCAGGGUCUGGUAACAAAAAGGCUUUAAUUAAUAGUACUCCUAGAGGGUCACGAAAGAAACAAUAUUUAUCAGAUGUUCAUGAGGUUGAAGGAGAAAAGAGGGAAUUAUUUGGUGAGUCAAUUUCUCCAAUAGUAUUAAGUUAUUCAACAGAGUAUAGAAAAGCAACGAUAAAAAAAGGAAAUGCAAUAAAAAAAAGUGAUGCUAUCAAUUCAGUAUAG